AUGGCACGACUUGCUCUUCUCAGCCAGUUGCUGUUGGCCUCGCUCAUCGCCGCCCAGCAAGUGUAUGUUCCUGCCAAAGGCCCUGCUCCGCGGCCCCAGUGUAAACACCCCUACAACGGCAAGCCAGAGUACAGCUUCACCCCUUUCAGUUUUACCUUGACCGAGACUGUGCGGUAUGCGACAUCUGUGCCGGCCCCGACCUCCACCAGCACUUACGCUGCGCCCCCCGAGGCUCUCAUAACGCUGGUCCCUUCUCUGUCUUAUACGACAUGGGGCAAGUGGAAUCCCAACGAUACAGCCACGGCGACGGACACGAAUGACCCAUACGGCCAGGCGGCGUGGACCGCUCUCUGGAGGCAUGCCAACCCCCCCAACUUUACAGAGACGGCCGUCUAUAGCACGACCGUGUCGCCGACGCCCGUCCCGAGCUCAGAGCUUGUGCUUCCCCCCGCCGACUACUUUGGCCCCACAGACUGCUACACUUUCCCCAAGGGCUUCGAGUUUGGUGUUGCCAGCUCGGCAUCGCAGAUCGAAGGCGCGACGGCGGAUCAGGGCAAGUCGCCUUCGCUCAUGGACAUCCUGGUCCGGGACGGCCGCCCCAAGUCGUAUGUGACCAACGAGUUCUACUACUACUACAAGCAAGACAUAGAGCGCGUCGCGGCCAUGGGCGUCAAGUACUUUUCCUUCAGCAUCGCCUGGACCCGCAUCCUGCCGUUCGCCCUUCCCGGCACGCCAGUGAACAAGGAGGGAAUCGACCACUACAACGACGUCAUCAACUUUAUCCUCGAGAAGGGCAUGAUACCCGUCGUCACGCUCCUCCACUUUGACACGCCGCUGCAGUUCUACGGGAGCAACCUCACGACGGCCGCGGACAAGACCAAGCUCGGGUACGUCAACGGCGGGUACCAGAACGAGACGUUCCAGGACGCCUUUGUCAACUACGCCAAGGUUGUCAUGACGCACUAUGCCGACAGGGUGCCCGUGUGGUUUACCUUUAACGAGCCGCUGCUAUACUCGUACGACGCGCGCUCCGUCGACUCCGUGAUUCGCUCCCAUGCGCGCACCUACCGCUUCUAUAAAGAGGAGCUCGGGGGCCAAGGGAAAGUGGCACUCAAGUUCAACAACAACUUUGGCGUGCCACGCGAUCCCAACAGUGCCGCAGACGUUGAGGCCGCGAACCACUUCAAUUCAAUCCAGCUCGGUACCUUUUGCGACCCCAUCUUCCUGGGCAAGGACUACCCAGACUCGUUCAAGAAAACGUUCCCAGACUACGUGCCGUUAACGAAGGAGGAUCUGGAGUACAUUGGCGGACAGGUCGACUUCCUCGGCAUCGACCCCUAUACGGCAACGGUCAUUACGCCGCCGGUGCCGGGCGAGCAGGGCAGCAUCCUCGACUGUGCGCGCAACGAGAGCUCGUCGUUGCGGCCGUACUGCGUCAACCAAACCACGGUCAACGUCUACGGCUGGGACAUUGGCUACCGCUCGCAGUCCUACGUGUACACGACGCCGACGUACCUCCGCAGCUACCUCAACUACCUGUACAACACGUGGCGCAAGCCCGUGUCCAUCACCGAGUUCGGGUACCCCGUGUACGGCGAGCGGGAGCGCGCGCUGCCGGACCAGCUCUUCGACACGCCGCGCAGCCAGUACUACCUGAGCUUCCUGUCCGAGACGCUCAAGGCGAUCCGCGAGGACGGCGUCGAGGUUGCGGGCGCGUACCUGUGGAGCUUUGCGGACAACUGGGAGUUUGGCGACGCCGACUCGCAGUUUGGCGUGCAGACGGUGAACCAGACGACGCAGGUGCGCAACUAUAAGAAGUCGUUUUUCGAUGUGGUCGAUUUUAUGAGGGCGCGGAUGGUUGAUUGA